AUGGUUGCGCAAAACGGGCAGAAGGAGCCGGAGAAAUCUUUGAAGACUCCAAGUCUCCGCUCCAACAUCAUGAAGGAAUUGCCGAAAAACCUUCCUAUCCAAAGUCAGCUCCACAUGAUCUACAGAAUGGACCCGGCCUCUCCGAACUCUCCAAAAAUUUUCGGGAGAAAUGUUGUCGAUUGGGCCCAGAUCUUGGAGUCACAAAAAGAUGGGACACUCUCGGAAUACAUGAGCCAAAACGCUCAUAGUUCGGUAAGAUUUCGUUCAGGUUUACGUUUGUCAGGCUUGAAAAAUUGUUCGUGCAUACGCGUUGUAUGUUUUGCUCCUAAAAAUACGAGAGGAAUUUUGUGUCAUGCUUUACAUUUUUUCAGCCCGCCGCAAUGUCCUCGAGUAGUUCGAUGGUUCCACAACUAAUUAAAAGACCGCCAAAAUUCCCAAACCUUACGAAUCUGCAAGAAUCCCCGACCUUUGAGCAGAUUCAUCAACUGUAUGAAACGGACAUGGAGAAGUAUGAGAAGUCGAUCCAUCCGGAUGAAGGGUAAGAUCUUUAUUUCGUUUCAUUUGUUUUUUAGGAAGAUCUUUGUUGGUGGAUUGAGUUGGGACACCACUGACCAAUCAUUGCGCAACUAUUUCCGCCAAUUUGGGGAGCUGACCGAGUGCCAGAUCAUGAGAGACAAAAACACUGGCGCAACUCGGUAAGAACAUUUAACAUUGUGUUUCUAUAUAUUUAGGGGCUUCGGAUUUGUGACGUUCCUUAAUCCUAAAGACUCCAAGAAGGUCUUCGCAAAGGGGGAACACAUUUUGGACAGGAAAAAGAUUGAUCCUCAACCGGCCAUCAAGGAAAUUUCGCCUGCUAGAUCUUCGCGCAACAUCAAAAGAAAAGUCUUUGUGGGCGGGCUGUCUCGAAGUGCCACUUUGGAGGACCUGAAGAAUUACUUCUCUCAAUUUGGAAAAGUGGAAGAUGCUGUGUUGAAAUACGAUUACAAUAAACAUCGGCAUCGAGGUAAGCGAUGAUUGGUAACAUAAAAAGUUGAACUGUUUUAGGCUUUGGGUUUGUCACCUUUCAAAGCGAAGAGGAAGCGCAAGCUGUUGUGGAGAGGAGACAUCAUAUAAUUUGUGGGAAGAAAACCGAGUGCAAGGAAGCACAGCUCAAGGCAGAACUCGACAAGAGCGUGACGUCCCCACAAGCGGUGUUGAACAUGCUGAAUGCCUAUAAUUUGACGACGGACGAGUUCUCGCGUAAGUUUUUAUUGUUUUCGGAUGAAAAAGCAUGGUUUACGUUUAUUUCUGAUAUUGUACUUGACGUUUUCAGAGCUGGCCCAGCGUUUUGCUUCGAUGAAGGCAGCUCCUGCUGAUUUCCAGCCGAAUUGUAGUCGCUUCCCACCUCCAAGCACUCCACUCACCCACAAUGACGUCAUGAGGACGUUGGUGAGGCCACCUUAUCUUCAGCCCCCACCUUCUCAACCGAUCUCCAUCCAGAAUACUUUUCCCAAUUUCUUCCAAACCGAGACCCCUCCCAAUCUUCUCCUUCAGUUACCAUAUAUGAGACAGUAA